UUAAAAGUUUUUUAUGUUGUUCAGAAAAUUAUCCUAAGAAAUAAAUUACGGUUUACACGAUUAAAUCCAAGUGAUUAUAUUUAGAUAUAUUUAAAGUUGGAUCUUUUACGAUAACUGAUUUUACAUUUACGAUGCAUACUUCAACUAACAGCAAGGUUACCGGUACGGAGUAUGAUGACAUCCUAAUGAAGAUGAGUAACUUGACAUUGGGUGCUGCUCAAAACAAGGUCGAUCCCAUUUGCGCACCACAUGAUAUGAAUGUCUUCCCUCAGGAACAAAUGAUGUCUGAGUUCGCAUUCCAGUCUCAGUAUAAAUACCCAAAUGCUCCUGCAUUUCAACUGCAGUCAAUACCUAGUAUUUCCAGUGGAGCUAUUGGUGUUGAUAUGGAUGAUCAACCGUCUACUUCAGCUGCUGCUGCAAUUAAAAGGCUUCAGUCAGCUAAGCGAAUCGAACCAAUUGAGCCAACAGUUAUGGGUGUUCGUGAAUUUUUGAAGUAUAUUGACUCGAGUUUUAGUACUGACGACGAAGAUGAUGAAAUAGAUGGUAAUAGAAGAGCAGCAGCAUUUCACAAUGCUUUUAAAGCAUCGCUUGAUGAGGAACGAAAAUCUGCUAUUAUGACUUGUUUCGGUAAUCUUAGCAGUAACAGUUCGACUUCGACUAAUAGUUGUAGUUUUAAUCCGCGUUGGAUGACUUGUGAGGAAGUAUCAACCAGCGCAACGCCCGAUUCCGCAGAUAGCAAUACUUCAAUUUAUCAAAGUGUGAACUCGCCGGUUAGAGCAACUUACAUGUGUAUUCGAAAUGCAGAGAAACAUAUAGUUAAUUCGAUUUGUCAAACUCAAUCUGUGCCCAAUAUUUAUCCUUUAAAUAAUGUUGACUUGAGCGAAACUGAAUUUUCGCAUUUGGAAAGACAGUUUAUUAAUGAUGAUUAUGUGAGAGAAAAUAACGGAGCAAUAGAUGAAGAAAGUGCUGAUGGAGGGAAUUCGUAAAAUUCAAAUUUGAUGUGUCUUAAAUAAUAUUAUAUAUAUGGUGUUUAUGUUUAUUAAAGAAUUUUACAUACAGUGAAGAA